AUGAACUUCCGGAUUCAGAUGGAGAUAAUCAAAGAGGAAUUUGGGAAAAGUGAACGGAUGCAGGAGGUGACCGGCUCAAUAAACUCGUUUAAUACCAACACACCUGGAGGACAGCUUGAUGUCCUACAGGUGUACGACAUCUGUGGUGACACGUUUAAGUCCUACGACCAACAUUAUGGAAGAGGGCUGGAUAAGGACACCGUUAAAGAUGGUUUGGCAAAGUUCUUCCAUAACGGAGUCAGUCUGAGGAAGGAUGCCAUCUCAGCCAACAUAUGCAGAGUCCAGCGGAUCCUCCACUGGUUCCAUUCCCAGAACCAGCUGGCCUUUUACGCCAGCUCCCUGCUCUUCGUCUACGAGGGCCUCCCCUCCUCCCUCGCCUCUUCCCCCCUUCACAGCAAUCCAGCGAUGAAGAUGAAGGUUGGUCAGGACAAGGAGGCAACUGAGUACAACAACAACAUCCAGGUGGCGACGCCGUGGGGCUGCACCAAUCACAGGAAGGGUGGUGAUGAUGAUGGUGUUACUCAGCUGAUGAAGAGCUCAGAUUCUGAGGAGAAGACUUCAGCUCUGAGGGAGGAAGACAAUGCCACCUGGAAGCAGACGGCUGACCCGAGACAGGAAGCUCAUGGCAACGGAAACAAGUCAGAGCGCGAUGAAGAUGGAGGGAGGAAGAACAGCGGCAGGAGACGGGAUGAGGAGGAGGAGGGAUGUGGAGGUGAUGGAGGACAGGACGACGCCGGAGAAACGGAGGUGGAGGUCAGGAUGAUUGACUUUGCCCACGUCUUCCCGAGCCAGAGCCAGGAUCACGGCUACAUCUUCGGCCUGAAACACCUGCUGACUGUUCUGGAGCAGAUCCUGUGUGAUGCCGCUCACACCUCCGUCCCGCGUCCUUCCUCCUGACCCUCCUCCUCUUCCUCUCAGAGGAGAGUUUGAGCAGAACUGAGGGGUUCUGACAGUGAGACCCACUCCAUCCUGUUCUGAUCAUGGACAGGAAGAAUAUAACAGGAAGAUAUAUGUU